AUGGGAGCACAUGCAGUUACCAAGGUUGGACCUGAGUUAUUUGGUUGCGGGAAGGGUGAUCCCAUAUGCAGUGAGUUAGUUGCUUUCCCUAAACUUGAAUGGUUGGUCAUCAAUGAUAUGCCCAACUGGAAGGAGUGGUCCUUUUUUGAUGAAGUUGUUGCAAUGAGAGAGGAUGGAGCUGUUGAGAUUCAAAAGGAGGAUGCCCAAUCUGCUGGGUUGCAACUGCUGCCUCUUUUGGUGAAGUUGCAACUCAUAGGUUGCCCGCCGAAGCUGAGAGCUCUGCCGCCACAGCUUGGAGAGGUCACUACCAGCUUGAAGGAGAUCCUUUUAAUUAGAAUGAACAAGUUGAAGGUCGUGGAGGACUUCCCACUGCUCUCUGAGCUUCUUACUAUUGAGAAUUGUGAAGGCCUGAAGAAGGUCUCCAACCUCCCUCAAGUGACAGCGCUGCGUGUAGGUGCCUGUCCAAAUUUAAGCCAUGUAGAGGGAUUGGGCAGUUUGCAGCAGCUAGGGAUGGGCGAGGAUAUGCAAGGGAUCUCUACACGCUGGGUCCCUGGGCUUCAAGAGCAACAGCAGCGACUUCAUGGCGAAGAACUGGAUGUCUACACGUGGAGUUAG